UGCAGCACCGGCACGGAGUCCUGCUGCGACAACGUGACGAUGGCGGACGACCCCGACGCGGCCGCGCUCAUCUCCCUGCUGGGCAUCACCGUUGGCGACCCCACUACCCCCGUUGGCUUGAGUUGUACGGUGUUGCCCGCUACGGGGUGCCAGAACUCGGCGCCUGUCUGCUGCGAGAAUAACAACUUUGACGGACUGAUCAACGUCGGAUGUGUCGCCAUCAACGUCUAG